AAGUUGCAGAAUCAAAAAGAGAUGAGGAAUCAAACCAUGGUGACAGAAUUUCUCCUGCUGGGUCUUUCCAGUAGCCCCAAGAUGCAUUUAAUCCUCUUUGGGAUCUUCACUGUAAUCUACAGCAUCACUCUAGCAGGCAACCUGACCAUCCUGACACUCAUCUGGCUGGACACUCAACUCCAUACGCCCAUGUAUUUCUUCUUGAGCCACCUCUCCUUUGUGGACAUCUGGUACACCACCAGCACGGUCCCUCAGAUGCUGGCCAACCUCUGGAACCCAAGGAAGACCAUCUCAUUUGCUGGUUGUGGGGCUCAGAUCUACCUUUUCCUGGCCUUGGGCAUCACCGAAUGUGUCCUUCUGGCAGUAAUGGCAUAUGAUAGGUUCAUAGCAAUAUGUCACCCUCUACGCUACACAGUCAUUAUGAACCGCAGAGUUUGUGUCCUUUUAGCAGCAUCAGCUUGGAUUUCAGGGUUUCUUCUUGCCAUGGUCCAUACAGUCCAGACGUUGAAGAUGCCUUAUUGUGGCCCCAAUGUGAUUAACCACUUCUAUUGUGAUAUCCUGGCUCUAUUAAAACUGGUCUGUGCGGAUACACACCUCAAUGAAAUCAUUGUGUUUGUGGUUGGGGUCCUCAUCCUCCUGUGCCCCUUCUCAUUCAUCCUGACCACCUAUGCCCGCAUCCUAGCAGCCAUCUUGAAGAUCCAAUCUUCCCAGGGCAAACGCAAAGCUUUCUCUACAUGCACCUCCCAUAUAAUUGUGGUGGCCAUGUUCUAUGGCAGUGCUAUGUUCAUGUACAUGAGACCUGGGUCAAGCCACUCACCAGAACAUGACAAAAUGGUCUCCUUGUUUUAUAGUGUCAUCACUCCUAUGUUCAACCCCAUGAUAUACAGUCUAAAGAAUAAGGAUGUAAAAGGGGCAUUCUUGAAAAUAGCACAGAGGGAGCGAUCUAAGCAAUGUUUUCUUCCUUAUCAACUUUACAUUAUUUUAUUUCUUUACCAACAUAAAAUAUGUCAGCACGAAGUCCUUCAGGUGCGCUGGUGGCUUCCUGGGGCGGGUCGAGCAGCGAGGUUCUGGGGUGGCUAUCGUUUCUGCCUCGGGGGCUCUUGGAGCCGAGUGUACCAGGCCCGGCGAGGGGUCUGGUAUAGCCGGGGUGGCCGGUACCCCGACCCGAGGGCUCUCAGGUUCAGUCCGGGAUGGCGGCUGUGGGUCAGGUUCCGGAAGUGGGGCCGAUGGAGAAGGCUCCGGGUCCUCAUCCCCAUUCAGAUCCUCUGGGUCCAGCAGUAG